CUAUACGAAGACCUCCGUCACGAAAAACUAGAGCUCCGCACCCCCGCAGAGGUUCUUCCCCGUAUCCUCGGCACAUCGCAUGUGCACAACACCGAACUGCCUAUCCGCAUUGACGUCAACGCACGCUGGUGGUUCCAGUUACUGUGGUGGAUCGUCGUCUCUGAGCUCACGUCAAUCGAUCCCGAUCAAUACCUGUGUCUGUAUGCGCAUGACAAGCAUGUUGGUGCGACAAAUCAUCUCCUGUCGUUAGGAGACCGCACCCAUAGUCCUUCCCUGGACCAUGCACUCGGCUUCGACGUGCCUUCCUUGCUGUUCUUUCGCGCCGUCCUGGACCCCAGCACCCCUUCCAUCAGUCUCGAUUGCAUACCUCAUCAUCGCCUUGAAGACCUCAUACGCAAGCUUCAAGCAUCCCUGAAGUCUGGGCAAUCUGUCGCUCUCGGUCUUACCGCACGGAGUCCUGCCUCUCAAAAGAGUUUCUGGACCGAUUCGACCAUUCUCACUGCCAUCCCGUUUCUACCCCGCUCCCGUCUCGAGGGAUGUCAGCGCACGACUACUCCCUUGUUUGCGUCCGUGCACGCUAUCCUCCGGCUCUUGACGACUGGCCCCACGCCUUUGACGAUCGACAUAGCGAGGAAUGUCUCUUCAGAGUACUCCGACUUUCUGCGCGACCACACGGAUCAACUGGAGAACGACCCAGAGCUGAGACAACGGAUCGUCGAGGGAUUAGGGAGACAGGCAUGGGUUGAAGAGAGGCUUUGUGCAUCUUGGGAGGCGGCGUUGGUUGACUUGGGCUUCCUUGAAAGCUGGGUGAUUAUC